UAAUAAACAAAGCUUUGAACUUUAAAAAAUUAUCAAAAUUCGAAAGUUACAUGAUAACAAUUUUCCAGUUUACGGAUUCGGAAGACAAUUUUUGAUACCGGAGCUCAAGAUGGACACAUUCAACUAUAUCUUAUUCAAAAAUCCAGUAGUCACAUAUUCGCUGGGAGCUGUAAAAUAUGCUGCCAACGCUACAGGGAAUGUCAUGGGAUACAAGAGUGGCCCUACAGCUACCGAAGUACCAAUUUUAACUAGAAAGGAAUUAUGGAACAUUCUCUCCAUAAAUCGCAACUACAUUAGAUUAGCCGGACUUUUUGGUGCUUCUGCUGUUAUAAUCGGAGCCUAUGGAGCACACACUCUGAUGACUCAAGAAGGCAAAGAACACGAGAAAAAAGUUUUCGAAACUGCCAGUAAAUAUCAUUUUUACCAUACAUGUGCACUGUUCGCGGUCCCGUUUUGUAGAUUUCCGAAAGUUACAGCACUUGCCUUCAUUGGUGGAAUGAUAUUAUUUUGUGGAUCGUGCUAUCAUCAAACUUUAAUGGAAGAUCAAACAUUUAGAAAAGUUACUCCUUACGGAGGCUCGUUAUUGAUAUUGGGUUGGAUAACUAUGAUGUUAUAAUAAACUUUGUUCGUGCUCAGGUAGAAUAUUGUAAAUAAGUCUCGCAUUUUUUGUGUGAUUUUACCUGCCUAUGCGUUGUUUUGAAGAUCUUUGUAUUUUUUUUCUGAUUAGUCUCUGAAUAAAUGUUUCUCGGCUAUUCUUUA